AGCCGACUCCCUUCAAAAUAUCCAGGUGAGACCGAGUCAGUUAGCAUCGACACCAUGCCACAGGCAGGGAACCUCUCUAUCACACUGCUUCCCUGUGUCUAAGGUUUAGAUCAUUAAGAACCUCAUCCCACCAAUCCCACCUGGUCUCCUGAGGGAGCUCUUUAAUCUCCCUCAGCCUCCUCUGUCCUCCCCUCCACCUCUAAGGCAGCCAUCAUGAACUGGUCUGCUUUGGAGUCCCUCAUCAGUGGGGUCAACAAGUACUCCACCGGGUUUGGCCGCGUGUGGCUCUCUAUGGUCUUCGUCUUCCGGGUGAUGGUGUUCGUGGUGGCGGCCCAGCGGGUGUGGGGCGACGAGAACAAGGACUUUGUGUGUAACACGGCCCAGCCGGGCUGCGUCAACGUGUGCUACGACUACAUCUUCCCCAUCUCCCACAUCCGCCUGUGGGCCCUGCAGCUCAUCUUCGUCACCUGUCCGUCGCUGAUGGUGGUGGGGCACGUCAAGUAUCGCGAGAAGAAGGACAUGCAGUACACCACCUUACACAACGGCGCCCAUCUGUAUGCCCACCCCGGGAAGAAACGUGGGGGGCUGUGGUGGACGUACCUGGUAAGUCUGAUUUUCAAGGCAGGCUUCGACGCUGGCUUCCUCUACAUCCUAUACUACGUCUACGAAGGCUACGACAUGCCCCGCCUGUCCAAGUGCUCCCUGACGCCGUGCCCCAAUACGGUGGACUGCUACAUAUCACGUCCCACUGAGAAGAAGAUCUUCACCAUCUUCAUGGUGGUCUCCUCUGCCUUCUGUAUCCUAAUGUGCAUCUGCGAGAUGGUUUACCUCAUCUGCAAACGCAUCCAGAAACUCAUUAAGAGGAAGACCGAGGUAGAGAGGAGGCGGUUCGCCGAGAAUCACGAGAUGUCACCGCUGGCUGCUCCCAGGUCAGAGUUUCGGUCCAAGGCAUCAAUCAGAGUGGAUCCUACGGCCUCAAUCCAAAAUCUCAUCGAAGAACAUAUCCAAAUUAUGUACACAACAGGGUAGUGACCAUGUUGAAAAACUGUGCAAAGUACUAAAGGGGCCACUGCAAGCAAAUGCAUUAAUUAGACUCCACGAGGAACUGCUGCUCAACAACAGAGAGAUAUCCAUCAAUUCAAGGAUUUCGGAGGCAGCGUUUUGUAAAUAUUAUCAUGUCUGCAGGAAUGCACAACUUAUGCAUGCAAAUUAAA